GCACUCUUUAUCUCGCGUACGAGCGGAUUUCCUCAUGUGUCUUAUUCCUUGGCCGUGCGCCUAGAUUUCUCUUUCUCUCCCGAUCCAGGAAGUCGCGGUCAUCAACACUCUUCUUCCUUUUCACCGAUUUCUACCUUCAGCAUCAUCGAACACUUCUGUAGAAGAACCCAGUCACAAUGCUGCGCAUCGAUUUCUCAAUUGCCGCCGAUGCGCAGUCGGCGCUGGAGGAGUCGGGGAAGCGCAGCUCCACGGCGUUCGCCAUUCUCAUCGUGAUCGAAAAGGAGAUGCUGAAGCUGCUCGCUCCUCCCGUGACGUCCAGCGGAGGCGGACUCGAGGACGACCUCAAGGCAACGCGCAAACUGCUUGAGACAAAGAACCCCAGUGGCGCCUACGUGAUUGUGCGCACCUCGCCGAGCUCGCAGUACGUUGUCAUCUACGUCGACAACGCCGCCAGCGCGAAGGACCGCAUGCUGUUCUCCACCGGCACGUCCCGCGUCGUCGGGGCUACGCCACACGCGCAGAAGCGCACGAUCCAAAUUUCGUCUGUGAGCGAGCUGCUGCCCUCGCUGUUUGAGGCGGAGUCCAAAAAGAUCCGCGAGGACUUGAUGACGGAGAGUGAGCGUAAUCAGGCCGCGAUUGCACGGAUGGAGGUGGCCCCGCAGCCCGUCGCACUCCCGGGCGUGGCCAUCAAAAUGACGGCGGAGGCGGACGAGAUGUUGUCGCAAUUUGCGAAGGGCACGGUGGAGGUUGUGACCUUCAAGAUUGUGUCAGAACAACUGCAGCUGGACACGACCGUGAGGAAACUCAACGGAGAUUUGGAGAACGUCAAGGACGUGCUGCCGGAGGCGGAGCCGCGCUUUGUGCUCGUCCGUUACCCGUCACCCAAGACGUCGCGGGCGGAGUACGUGAUGGUGUACGUAUGCCCACCGUCGUGCAGUCCAAAGGUGAAGAUCCAGUACGCGUCGUCCGCUGCCGCCUUUCGUGAGCAGGCAUCGCGGCACGAGAUCAAGUUUGCGCAGAAGGUGGAGACCGACACCCGCGAAACACUCGUGGAGGACGUGAAGAGCGCCUUUGUGCCGUUCAACGCUGGUGGUGCCUCAGCCGCCUCGCAGCAUGACCGUCCUCGCCCUCCUGUGGCGGGUGCAGCAAAGGGUCAUCGCAUGCUGAUUUGA